AUGGCCCUCGCGCAGAGAGGAUCGUGCCUCCGGCCGCGCUGUGCAUCCCUUCUCGCACUUGUCACUAUAACCUUCUUCUUAUCUACUACCAAUGUCCUAGCGCAGCAAAGCAACUGGUCUCUUGAAGGAUGUAUGGCUGUUCUUCCAAACCUUCCCACACCAUCGUCAACGCCAAUUACUGCAUCAACUCAGAUCAUUCAGUCUUGCGUUGAUACCUGCGCGAACCAAAACAUUACCUAUGCGCUGCUUUCUGGACCGACUUGUGCGUGUUUGAGUUCAGAUGCCGUGAUACGAACCCUAUUAGCGGUGAAUGUUGCGGAAUGUAACCUAAAAUGUGACGGGGAGCUACCCUGUGGAAAUCCCGUAUCUGGACGAUACUCUGUAUAUAAUACUGGCAAGGGUUUGGGAGCUGGUGCAGGUACAUCCACGUCAGCACCUCUCCCUUCUGCUUCACCAGCGGUUGCCACGUCUACACCUCAACCACCACCUCAAGCCAAUGGCGGGACGAUCACCACAUCCGGCAAAGUAACCGCACCUAGUAGCCGAAAUGUAGCAACUAUCGUUGCGUCUUCCAUCUCUGCCGGUGUCGUCGUCGCCUGUCUUGUAGCAUUCCUUUGCUACCGAUAUCGAAAACGACGUUCACUUCACCACUUGCCUCGUCUCGAAGCUGGCACGACCGAUGGUAAAGCAGGAGGACUCAUUCGAUCAGCCUCAAAACGAGGCGCGAAAGCUCUAAAAGCAGGCGUUGUUCCCGCUACCACUACGGUCGAAAGUCUUCAAUCGGGCUUGAAUGGUGCGGGUAUUGUCGUGAAAGGCAAUGGUCUGAAUGCCAUCCUUCCACGAACACCAAACAUGAUCUACUCUGUCAUCACGGCCCAUAAACCCAUCCUGUCUGAUGAAAUCGAGCUGAGAACAGAUGAUGUGGUCGCAGUCCAAAAGCACUUUGAGGAUGGAUGGGGCGUAGGAACGAAUGUCUCAACAGGGCAGGUGGGGGUUUUCCCAUUGGGAUGCUUGGUGAGCGAGGAUGAGUGGGUAGAAAAAGGAUUUGCAUUACCUAGUAGAGCGGCAAGUGCUGCUUCCAAGACCUCGUUCAGGCCUGGAAAAGAAGCGAUUUAA